UCACGCAUUCGCUUUUCCUUGUUUCUUGCUUUCUAUUAUUUUAGGCAUUUAUAAUUUGGCCAUAAACCCUAAACCCUCCACGUGCAUCUCAUUUCUGUUCGCCAGUGGACUCUCCAGAUUCUUCUGCAUUCAAAAACAUGAAUUUGAACAAGAUGAAAGUCCCCAAACUUCCUGGAGCUCGUGGCAUUGCUGCUUUGCUUACGGUGGGAGUUGUUGGUAGUCUUGGUGUAUAUGGACUUAACAAUAGUCUCUACAAUGUCGAUGGAGGGCAUAGGUCCAUUGUGUUCAGUCGUCUUGUUGGUGUCAAAGACAAGGUUUAUCCUGAAGGGACACACCUUAUAAUUCCAUGGUUUGAAAGGCCGGUCAUCUAUGAUGUUCGUGCAAAACCUUAUGUAGUGGAGAGUAAAGCUGGAAGCCGUGACCUCCAGAUGGUAUUAGUAGGUCUUCGAGUGCUGACCCGUCCCGUGCCAGACGAAUUACCUACAGUUUAUCGAACUCUGGGUGAGAAUUAUGUUGAGAGGGUCAUGCCUUCAAUUAUCCAUGAAACUUUGAAAGCUGUAGUUGCACAGUAUAAUGCCAGCCAACUUAUUACUCAGAGAGAGGCCGUCAGUAGGGAGAUACGGAAAAUUUUGACAGAGAGGGCAGCGAAUUUUAACAUUGCACUGGAUGAUGUGUCUAUCACUAACCUGACUUUUGGAAAGGAGUUUCUGACUGCAAUUGAAGCUAAACAGGUAGCUGCACAAGAGGCUGAGAGGGCAAAAUUUGUUGUGGAGAAAGCCGAACAAGACAAGAAAAGUGCUGUUAUCAGAGCAGAGGGUGAAGCAACAAGUGCGAAGCUGAUUGGUCAAGCCAUUGCCAACAAUCCAGCAUUUAUCACUCUACGGAAGAUUGAGGCUGCAAGAGAAAUCGCACAGGUUAUCUCAGAUUCCAAAAACAAGGUUUACUUGAACGCCGAUGAACUUUUGCUGAACAUUCAGGGGAAUGUGCAGUAGUUAAGUAAGCAAAGUUGUUCGGUCGUGGGGAUGCUUCAAAAACUCAUAAAUGAAGAAACUGGAUGGUGGUUUUGUAAUGUGAUGGGUUAUAGAAACAAAGGUAUUCUGGAAAUUCCUAAUUUGUGACGAUUUUCUUUUCGUUUUGACUGACUAGAAUAAGAACAAUGUUGGGAGGUAAUAGAUGGAUGCUCCCCAGUGAUGCAAAUUUACACUAA